AUGUUAGUUCUCAUCAUUAGUGACCUGCACAUCCCGUUCAGGAGUAAUGGCAUUCCAGUUCAGUUUCGAAAACUUCUAGUCCCUGGAAAGAUUCAGCACAUCCUAUGUACCGGUAACCUCUGCUCUAGAGAGAUGUUUGAUUAUCUCAAAACUUUAGCCAAUGAUCUGCAUAUAGUGAGAGGGGAUUUUGAUGAUAAUUUAUAUCUACCGGAGCAGAAAGUUGUGAUGGUAGGAAAGUUCAAGAUAGGUUUGUGUCAUGGCCAUCAAAUUGUUCCCUGGGCUGACCAAGAAAGUUUGCUUGCCCUUCAAAGGCAGUUGGAUGUUGAUGUCCUCGUUACUGGCCAUACUCACAAAGUUGAAAUAUUCGAGCAAGAGAACAAACUUUUCAUCAAUCCUGGUUCAGCUACUGGAGCUUAUUCCUCUUUUGAAAGCAACAUAGUACCAUCAUUCAUUCUGCUGGACGUGCAAGCAAACAUGAUCAUUGCCUACCUGUACCAGCUGAUUGCAGGGGAGGUCAAGGUCGAAAGAACUGAAUUUAAAAAAUAUUAA